GAUUCGGACGAUGAUUCAGAUGAUGAUUCGGACGAUGAUUCGGAUGAUGAUUCGGACGAUGAUGAUAGCUCUGUGGAUGGCAGAACAAAAAUUAUUUAUGAUGUCAACAAACAAAAGCAAUUAGAUUAUGUUGAUUUGAAUACAAGCCAAACUUCGACCAACAAUAACAAAAGCACAAAUUUAUUGCAAGUGCAAAAGGAUGAUAGCAAUCACAAUUUGCUUAAAAGCACCACCGCUGAACCAACUGCAAAUGAGAUGAACACAACAAACUACAAACUCCACAAAAACAAAGAUCUUGAAACUGAACAAGAUAAACUUGAAGAAGAAAGACUUAAAAUGCAAGUUUUAGUUUCCAACUUCUCUGAGGACCAGCUGAACCGCUACGAGAUGUACCGCAGGGCAACAUUUCCGAAGGCUUCUAUCAGGAGGUUGAUGCAAACAGUUUCUGGAACGUCAGUUUCACAGAAUGUUGUCAUCGCCAUGUCAGGGAUUGCCAAAGUUUUUGCUGGUGAAAUAGUGGAAACAGCUCUGGACAUCCAGGAACAAUGGCAGGGCUCAGGUCCCAUCCAACCGAAGCACAUCAGGGAAGCAUUCCGAAGAGUCAAAUCAAGGAGUUUCUUUCCUAACACCAGACAGCGAAAACGCUUAUUUUGAAUAUUCAACUAAUUUUGUUUUGAACUCAAGAAUAAUGUUCAAGCCGCAAAAAACGCAACCAUACAUAAAUAUUUUAUUUGCACUGACAUUCGUCAUGACAUUUAUGAUAGCUCAGUAUGGUACAUUUUUCGACAUGGCAACAUGAUUCUCUGUAGUGAAGAGUUCAGAAAGAUGGAAGGUGGAAAUCUCUGGGUCUGCCCUGACGGAUCAAUCGUAACGUAAUAUUUGGUCGGAUGCUUGGUCCUAUUUUGUUCUGAUGUUCAUUAUGUAUAAUCUACUAAAGCUGAAGUGCUGUGAAUAAAUUGUUUCGGGGUUGACUACUUAUUCAAUUUUUGACGUUUAUGAAUGCCGAACAAUUUUAUCGACAAAACGCUGGUGCAUUUAGUCUAUUGCAAACAAAUUUUAUAAAAAGCUGCCAAAACAUUUUUCAAGUUUUUAUAUUUUGAUUCAAUUCUCGUAACGUAUGAAGACUGCUUGAACAUAAGGAAAUUGAUUUUAUUUACGAGAUAAUGUAAUUUAUUCGGCGAAUCUUUUUACCUCACGGUUUGCACCAGCAACGUUCUUGAUUCUCUCAAUCCCUCAGUGAAUCACUCGAAUCGGAAGACUUACAUUCAUUCCGCGAUCGUGCUCCUGAAUGAUGAAAUGUUUUAAUUCAAUACACAUACAUUUUUAUCUCUUAUAUAUUUCUUAGGAGCUUUUAUGUUUUUGAACCGAAGAUAGCAAGACACAUGUUGAAAUUAAUAUUUCUUAGUUAUUUUUAUCACUAAUAUUAUCAUCCGAGUUAGCGGUAUCGCCGGUGAGUUUUAUUUAAUUUAUUUUUUAUUUACUUUAUUUAUUUAUUAUUUAUCUGUGUUUUGUGUUUUUUUUAUAGCUAUCUGACGUCAUUAUUAACUUUGCUAUAUCAAAACGUUUGUAAAUAAAUGUAUUUAUUAUCGAUCGUUUUUAACAGAACUGAACGGCGUUCAAUGGCAAGAACAUAUAUAGAAUAUUUCACACACACAUAUAUAUAUAUAUAUAUAUUUAUACAUAUGCCAUUAAUGUUAAAAUUGUUUAUGUAAAUAACAUAUCAAUUCGAGAGUAUAUAAUCAAUAUAUACGUAAAUUAUGAAAUAAAUU